GUUUUGUGUACAUUGAGCAGAUUGCUUUCGAGCGUUUGUGUGAUUGAAAAAAAAAAUAAGAGGAAUAAUAACACAACGAGAACGGGUUUUGGUGACCUCAAUAUUAUUACAAGGCCGUUUGUAUUUGUUGUUUUUGUAAGUGACGAAAAGUUAUCGCGGCCACAGUAGUAUAGGAGGUACCUAUAUUAUAAACUUAUAAUAUAUUUAAUGUAUGUAGUGUUUUUAUCUUUUAUAAUAAUAAUAUAAUAUACAUCGUUUGAGUAUAAAAAAAAAAAAAAUGGACGUCACCAAACUGGACGAAGACGAAUUGUCGUACGAGUUGAGAGUCAGAGGAAUAGCUGCCAUGAGCGAUGUAAAUGAAAUGAGGAGUGUUUUGCGUGGUCUACUGAGAAUCGAAGUCGAGGGAAACUCGUUGAUGAACACCGACAGCAUAGUUCCGGUAGUCGAUGUAAAAAGUGAAGUGAAGAUAUGUGUUAAAAAAUUACAAGUCAUCAAUGCAAUUAUUGACAACAUUCAAGGGGACAGGUACAGCGAACAAUAUAGAUUGGCAGAUGCAAAAUUAUGUCAUUUAAUGAACCGUGUAGAUAAGUUACCUGCUGUUGAUAAACGAGAUCAAAAUGACAGGUCUAAUUUAUUAAAAGGAAUAUUAUUCUUAAUGAGAAAAAUGGAAGGUAUGGCGACUAAUACAAAUGUUGUUGAAACAACUACAAAUCAAAAUGGUGGUGCAGCUGGAGCAGGUACUGUAGUCUUAUAUGAGAAAACAACUACUACAGAAAUGAAUUCAACUUAUGGAAGUACUGAAUCUACUGCUUCAGAUGAAGAAGAGUAUUUUGUCCAACAAGGCGUAGCGAUAAAAAGUUUAAGUAAAUUGCAUAAAGGAUCAAAGAGUCAUAAAAAUUCAGAAACUCAUUAUACAGGGUUAUUAAGAAUUAUGAAAUAUAGAAAUGCUAAAUUUAUUGAAUGGAAGCCAACUGAAAUGUCUAUAUUUCCCGAUGUAGAUGAAUGGAAUAUAGUUGAUACUGGAUACAAACAAAAUGGAAAAAAUAAAAAUGAUCGUAAUAGUAUUGAUAUAAAAAUUAACUUGGCUACAAUGAAGAGUUAUAAAAUGAAAAAACAUAAAAAAUAUCAAAUAUCAAUACUCCAAACAAAUGGUUCACUUGUCACAUUUUUAUUUGAAAGCUCACCUAUUAAUGAUUUUGUGACUGCUUUAAAGACUUUGCUUCAUACAGAAAAAGAAAUACGACACCAUAGACCUACUGGAGUGAUAUUGGUAUUGGGCGAGCGACAAGAUUCAGAUCCUCUGUGUCAGUCAAUUAAAGAGUUAAAAAUAUUUCCUGAUCAACCACCUACAAGUACAGUCUGGAGUUUUAUUAGUGGCUUCCAAAACAAUCCUGUGGAAAAAACUUAUGAAACAUUUGCAAAAAUUAGUGAUGUUCUAUUGACUCGCACGCCAGAUACAAGACCAGACCAAGAAGUAGCCGAACUUUUAAAUAGAGCUGAAGAAGAUGACGAAUAUACUAUGGUAGAUCACCCCCCACCAACUGUAUUGCCACCAAGACCGGGAAUAAAAUCAAGAGGGAAUCCAUUAGAUCAAACCACAUUUUAUCAAUCUAUGAAUGAAGAGGGUCAAAUAACAAAUGAAGAUUACAUAAAAAACAUAAUUUUUUAUGGAGGUUGUGAAAAUUCAAUAAGGCACGAAGUAUGGAAGUACUUACUUGGAUAUUAUCCUUGGAAUUCUACUCGGGAACAACGUAUAAACAUUGACAGACAACAAAAAACUGAAUAUGAGAGAAUGAAAGUACAAUGGAUGAAUAUGUCUUCUGAUCAAAUAUCUAGGUUUAAUAAGUAUAGAGAUCAUAAGAGCCUAAUAGAUAAAGAUGUUUAUAGAACUGAUCGCACUCUUGAUUUUUAUGCUGGAGAAGGAAAUGAAAAUCUUGUUAAACUACAUAAUGUAUUAAUGACUUAUGUUAUGUACAAUUUUGACCUUGGUUAUGUCCAGGGUAUGAGUGACUUGUUAUCACCGAUAUUGAUGAUCAUGAACAGUGAUGAAGUAGAAUCAUUUUGGUGUUUUGUGGGUUUCAUGAACAGAGUUAAUACAAACUUUGAAUUAAAACAAACUGGGAUGAAAAAACAGUUGAAUGAUUUGCAUUAUUUGCUUACAACUGUAUCACCAAAAUUAGAAAACCAUUUAAAAAAGAUGGAUUCUAGCAAUAUGUACUUUUGCUUUAGAUGGCUUUUGGUUUUGUUCAAACGAGAAUUUAUUUAUUCUGACGUCAUGCGUUUGUGGGAAGUUUUAUGGACAGAUAUUCCAUGUGCAAAUUUCCAUUUACUAAUAUGUGUGGCAAUAUUGGAUAAUGAAAAGGAUACUAUUAUCAAUGAAAAUUAUGGAUUAACUGAGAUAUUAAAACACGUAAAUAAUUUAUGUGAACGUAUUGAUUUGGAUAAAGCAUUAACUACAGCGUAUAGUAUAUAUGAACAGUUGAAAGAAGCGCAGCCGUCAUUGCAAGAUUCAGUUAAUGAAUUACUUGGAUUUUCAAUAUCUCGCACUGAAACUAUUUUAUCCAAUGACAGCAAUUCUAGAGAAGAUGAUUAUGAAAAGGCCUUAUCAAUGAAUUAUACAUAAUAACUAAACAAUUUAUGUGUAGAAACACUAGAAACAUAUGACUGUGAUCAAAGUUAAACUUUAUAAUCUCACACACAUAGUUUUAAACCUUUAAAGAGAUUUAUAUAACCUACAUAUUAUAUUGAUUAUUGUUAUACAUUUUAUUGUGAUAUUUACCUUUUUUGGUCAACAACUUUCUAAAUGUAAUUUGUAUUUGAUUUGUAUUCAACAACACAUAGAAUGAAGUCUUUAUGAUUGUGUAUCAGUCGUUACCAUAUUUUAUAAUUCUUUAAACACUUUUUAUACAAUAUUAUCCUUUAAAAACUUGUUUUUCUAACCACUAUGUAUGAUGAUUUCAUUAGAUUGUUUUGUGAGUUUUUGUUUUCAAACAUAACAAAUGUAUAGUAUCAUUCAGGGUAUAUAAUUAUUACACAUUUUUACUUAUUAUUAAUGUAAUUUGUAUAAUUUGUUCUGUACUUUGUAUCUGUUUGAUAUUUAUUUUAG